AUGUCAUUGAUCCAGCCCACCAGAAAGAGACCGAGAGGGUUCAGCGACCAUUACGGGCCGACACACGACGGUGUGCUUACAAAGAACCCGUUUUCGGACCAUGAGGUUAUCGUGGUGCACUCAGAAGAUCCGGAAGACUCACCGGACGGCAUAGCCUACUCCCCAGCUGCAAAUGGCGAGGUAAUCGAGGAUUAUGACAUGGGCCACAGCACAUCGGUCGACAGACCCAGCUUUUACACGCAGCAGUUUAACCAGACACACGACGCCAUCACGUUGGACCUGCUCAACCUCAACCACCAAUCGCAUUCGUACAACUACCAGCUCGCACCGAAAAAACAGCGUACCAACUCGUUGCCGCAAUUGCCGCAUGUGAGCAUCCAGUAUCUGCGGCCGCCAUCGGUGGAUCACAAGAUCAAGCUUGGCGAGGUCCGGCCUACACUCGUGCCAUACGCGCUGAACCAGCCGCCGUGCGACGACAAAGACGGCCACUACAUCAUCACGCCGGGGGAGCCAUUUGCAAACCUGCGCUACGUCAUCAAGAAGCUAUUGGGUCAGGGCACGUUUGGGAAGGUUGUAUCCGCGUGGGACCGCUCGCUCAACCAGAUGGUGGCCAUCAAGAUUAUCAAGAAUAUCCCCAAGUACCGCGAGGCCUCCAAGAUCGAGCUCCGAGUGCUCUCCACGCUCAAGGCCAUGGACGACGGCAAUGACAACCACUGCAUCCAUCUCCGCGAAUGCUUCGACUACCGCGGCCACAUCUGUCUCGUAACCAACCUUCUCCGCAUCUCGCUCUACGACUUCCUCGACUCCAACGCGUUUGAGCCGUUCCCCGGCUCGCACAUCCAGGCCAUCGCUAAGCAGUUGCUCCGCUCCGUCACGUUUCUCCACGAUUUGAACUUGGUUCACACCGACUUGAAGCCGGAGAACAUCCUCUUGUACAACGAUGAGUAUACUAAACGCACCAUCCAGGGCAAGAAGCCCAUCACCACCAAGGUCUUGAAGGACCCGCUCAUCCAGAUCAUCGACUUUGGUCUGGCCAUCUUCGACGACGAGUACCACUCUACCAUCGUGUCCACGCGCCACUACCGCGCACCUGAGAUCGUCUUGGGCAUCGGCUGGUCCUUUGCCUGCGACCUCUGGCUGAUCGGCUGCAUCCUAUGCGAGCUUCUCACGGGUGAGGCCUUGUUCCGCACCCACGAGAACAUGGAGCACUUGGCGAUGAUGGAGAAGAUCUUGGGCGAGCUGUUGCUGGCCAGGCUCGUCCGACGCUGCCGCAAGGCUCACGAGCGCAACGGUGCGGCCGCUAGUGUCGAGAUCAUGGGCUUUUUCGAGACCCCCGAGGCCGCACCCUAUACGGAUGUGCACAAUGCCCCGCGCUCGUACCUCAGGUACCCAAAGCCUGAAACCAAAAAGAAGUCUAUCAAGUAUGUGGCCGCGCUUGCCACACUCGAGCAAAUGAUCUCGUCGCGCGUUAAUCUUGAGUUAGACCCUCGUCAGCUGCUCUAUGAGAACUUCCGGCACAACGAGCACCGCAUCGACUUUGAGAACUUCCAGUUCUGGUGGUAUUUUUUGGACCUUGUGCGAAAGUUGUUAACGUUCGAUCCACGGGAACGUAUCACCGCUGCUGACGCCUUGAACCAUCCGUGGUUUGACUGUGGGAUUAACGACUACGGAACGGGCCAUGACUAA